AUGGCUAGGGUGACGACGCGAGGACGUCUACAGAUGAUGUCCUCACAUGUUGGUCUCCAUCAGCUAUUUAUGUUGUUGUGUCUAUGUAUGGCAGCGACAUUGCCUCCAACUACAACGGCAUUGUCUCCACCAUCCACAACAACAACGACACAACUAUCAGUCAACUGCCAUGAUCUAGGCUUCACAGAGUCACUGCUGUGCUCCUCCUGUCAGGCAUUCGAAGAGUUCAUGGGCAAUUCAGAUGCGGUCGAUGAGUGCAAGAAGUGCUGUUCAGUAGAGGCACUCCAUCAAAAGAAAACAUACACCAAAGCAGAGGUCGUGAUAUGUAGG